GCUCAAACUAGUAUGAAGGAAAGCAGCGACAAACGAAAGUUUGUUCAGGAAAGUUCUUUUGCUUGUACAGUGAAAAGUUUUUACUAAAAAAAAACUUGGAAUUCGAAUAUUGACAUAACUCGCUUCGUUUGGUGAUUUUGUAUUUGUUCCCAUUCCUCAGCGAAACAAAAUCUUCAUUUAGUGUGUUGAUAAGUAAGGCUUUUGAGGUUGUGAUUUGUGAGACAUAGGACGUUCAUCUUUCUUUUCCUGCAAUUGGAAAACUCCGUAUAAAAAUCGAAGAAAAUGGCGAUUCUGUCCAAGUUGAAGCACGUGACCGCUGCCGCCCUUUUCCUGGGCACGACGAUGCAGCAAAACUUCCGACUGGCAGCUGCGGAGGACGCCGCCGCGGCGGACGACAAGGAGCUUGACGACCUCGAUGACGAGUCCACCGCCGCUUCGAGUGUCCCCGGCGAGCCGCUGGUGCUGACGGACGCCUCGUUUAAGAGCGAGUUGGACAAGGCCCUGAAACCGAUGUUCGUCAAGUUUUACGCGCCCUGGUGCGGGCACUGCAAGGCGAUGGCGGCGGACUGGGACAAGCUCGCGGAACAGGCGACGGGGGCGGUGAUCGCGAAGGUGGACGCGACGGUGGAGCGGGAAGCCGCGAACUUGAUGAAGGUGCGGGGCUUCCUAUGCAAGAAAAAAACUGCGUGAGUGUAACUCUGUUUAUGCAGAACAUGCUACUACGCUUACGCCUGUCAUGCCAGACAGCCAUGAGUUCCUCUUUUCAUGCGUGUUUUCCCUUACAAGUAGCCACGCAUGACAGAUUUUCUCUGACAUGUAGAGCAAAUUUGUGAUGCUGUCGGCCAAAGAUAGUUACACUAACACAGUUUUUUUCUUGGAUACUUCCCGACGCUGACCCUGUUCGACAAGAACGUGAUGUACAGCUACAACGGGCCGCGGACCCUGGACGCCAUGCUGCAGUUCGCGAACGGCGGCUACAAGGCGGGUAGUAGCAAAAACCUGCCCUGGAACGAGUCCAUCGUGGACAAGGUGAAACAGCACGUGGAGGAGUACUUCACCAAGGUCGGCCAGAUCAUGGCCUUCGAGCCGACCAUCCUGCCAAUUUGCUUCUUCCUCGGCUUCUUCUUCGCGUUUAUUUUCUUCUUCCUCUGCUGCGGCUUCUCCUCCUCCUCGUCCCCGGUCGACAAGAAGGAGCUGAAAAAGGCGGAAAAGGCAGCCAAGGCGGAGUAA